GCGGUCCACUAGGGGACCGUGGACAGCUCCCGUCUGAGGAGCAGAGCAGCGCAGGAGGAGGAGAGGGCCGGACAUGGGGGAGCCACCGCACAGGCCCGUAUGAUCGACAUCAACAGCAUUUGGAUGCGCACCUACACAAAGAGAGCGAAGUGGAGAGGCCAUCGGAGGACGGGGAAACAACCGAGGAAGUGAAGGGACAAGGGGGAUUCGGCCACUGACCCAUCCCGGCGCAUCAGGGGGGAGAAGAGGGAGAAAGAUUUCCGCUCGAUCUGAUGGACUGACGACAGAUGAAUGAAGACCGCCUACACUAACGCCUAUCGAUGCCUGGCCAAGGACCUGGACGCUUACGCCAUGAAUUCGGACAUGACAAUGGACGGCAUCGGCAGCCUGCACGGCGGGGUGGCGGUGGGCUCCGCGGCCCCUGAUGUGGAGCUGAUGAGCGGCCACAGCCCUCACCACGGCCGCGGGAGCUCUUCGGCAGCGGCUGCCCUGCGGAUACACCAAGACCUGGCCGCCGCUGCCGCGUCAUCCCGCUCGGCCAUGGUGUCCGGCAUGGCCAGCAUACUGGACGGCGGCGGCGGCGGCGGCGGCGGCGGCGGCGGGGACUACCGUCCGGACCUGUCCCAGCUCCCGCUGCACCACGCCAUGAGCGUGCCCUGCGACACGUCCUCCCCCGGGAUGGGGAUGAGCGGCACCUACACCACCUUAACCCCGCUGCAGCCGCUGCCGCCCAUCUCCACCGUGUCCGACAAGUUCCACCACCACCACCACCACCACCACCAUCACCAGCGGCUUUCCGGGAACGUCAGCGGGAGCUUCACCCUAAUGCGGGACGAGCGCGGGCUACCGGGCAUGAACAACCUUUACAAUCCCUACCACAAGGAUCCCAUGUCCGGGAUGGGUCAGAGUCUAUCCCCGGUGCUGGGUAACGGUCUGGGCUCCCUCCACAACACCCAGCAGGGUCUCCACAACUACGGCACCGCCACGCACGGAGGCCACGACAAGAUGCUCAACUUCGACCCCACCGCCGCCAUGCUCUCCAGAGCGGACCACCACCAGCACCGAGGUCUCGCCGGCCCGGCCGGCGGGAUGAUGCCGCACCUGAACGGAAUGCACCACCCGGGACAUCCCGUGCCGUCGGCGGGCCACCACCCCCAUCCCCACCCCCACCCCCACCCCCACCUCCAUUCUCCAUCCCACGGGCCCGUGUUGGCCUCCAUCAGGGAACGACCGCCCUCCUCCUCCUCGGGGACGCAGGGGGGGAACAGUUCGGGGCAGCUGGAGGAGAUCAACACCAAGGAGGUGGCGCAGAGGAUCACGGCCGAGCUGAAGAGGUACAGCAUUCCUCAGGCGAUCUUCGCCCAGAGGGUCCUGUGCCGCUCCCAGGGGACCCUAUCGGACCUGCUGAGGAACCCCAAACCCUGGAGUAAACUCAAGUCUGGCCGGGAGACCUUCAGGCGGAUGUGGAAGUGGCUGCAGGAGCCCGAGUUUCAGAGGAUGUCGGCUCUCAGACUGGCAGCGUGCAAACGGAAGGAGCAAGACACAGCGAAGGAGCGGAACAAUACACCAAAGAAAUCCCGGUUGGUCUUCACUGACCUGCAGCGGCGAACUCUGCUGGCCAUCUUCAAAGAAAACAAGCGGCCUUCCAAAGAGAUGCAGCUCACCAUCUCGCAGCAGCUGGGCCUCGAACUUACCACCGUCAGCAACUUCUUCAUGAACGCCCGGCGCCGGAGCCUGGACAAAUGGACAGACGACGGAGCCAGUCCCGGCGCCCAAUCUUCAGCGUCCAGCACUUGUACCAAAGCGUGAUAAUAGGUGGAGGGGUAGAUGGCAGGGAGGAGGGUUGGGUAGGGUUGGGUUAAGGUAGGGGGAUUGUGAGGUUGAGGGCACGGGUCAAAGUUUAGCCUGAUCCGAGCAAGGAGUGGAAACUGGGAAACCAAAGUUUUUACUUUUUGUUUUUUUGUUUGUCUGUUUGCGUUUGUUAAGGAUGACAAACUGCGAGAGGGGCUGCUCACUGUGACGACUUGUAGCCAAACCGCCUUUUUCAAACUCAUCACCAAUCCAUUCAGAAGCUGAAGGGUAAACUCUGCCUGAGAGCAAAGCAAAACGACCAAAAAAAAAGUUCAAUUCUUCACUGCUGGUGUCUCAUUUGGGACAAGAAACUGACACACUAGCCCAAAUACCAAAGACAAGAGGACAAUAUGUUUUCUAUUAUGCAAUAUAAGCUAGGAACCAACCAAUGGAGUAACCAAUGAAAGUUUUAUGACUACGAAAUGUGCUAAGAAUGAAUGGACAUUUCAUCCCAUGUCCAAAACCUAGGUUACUUAUUACCAAACGAAAGAACAUCGAAGGAUUUAUCAGAAAUGAAAACAUCAGACAACAUUCUUAUUUCUUGACACCUUUUUUUCCCACUGAACUAAUUUUACCCUCAAGUUCAAAUACAUUGACAGCAAACCAAAUUAAUUUCCCCAUGAGCUCAAAACUCAACACAUGCUAUAAUUUUUACUUUACAAGCACGAUUUAAAAUUAAAAUCUUACCAAAGACAAAAGGCAUACAAUUCAACGAUUCUUCAAGUUAGGAGAUGGCUUAAUAUGGAAGCACAAAAACAAAGACUUACACAUACAGUAGUACCCUUCCAGGCACAUAAACCUUCCUCACAGUCUGAGCCAACUUGUAGAACUGCAAGUUUUUCUCCAAUUCAGUGAAGUACAGCGGAUAUGUAUAUGUACAACGUAUGUGAGCACAAUGUUGAAGCACAUUUUCUUUGCAAUAGAACCGGGGCUCUCUGCCAAGCCGAGUGGUUUUCGCAUCUUACAAAACUCAGGAUGCCAUUUUUCUAAACAGUGGCUGAAAUCCGCUCUGCGUUCCUGUAAUCCCACGCUGUAAUGUACUGUAUAAGAAGUCAUUUCCCAAAUGUGUUCCCCAAAUUGACAACCUGACAGAAACAUAGUCAAGCUAAACCAAUAUCCUCCAGUUAAACCUGGUUUUGGUCAACCGUUUUUCUGUUUUGUUACCAUGAUAAUUCAUCACAUCUGGCCAGCGCUUUUGUAUCUGAGCAUUAGCGCAAUCUUAAACUGAGAAAAACUAUUUACACCUCUGGAAAAUGGAAACUUAAAAUAAAUAUAUUUGAAACAUUUACAAUGGCAUUAAAGGCCAUCUCCCAUUUAAAGACAGUCAUAAUGUGAAUGUAUUUGUGUAUUCAGAUACUUGUUGUAGACCUCAAUUAUUCGGCGUGUGAAGCCUAAAAAAAAAAACAGUUUCUACCAACUUGGCCAUGAUUGUUAAAGGUCUCUUUUUUUGGAAAAAAAAACGGGGAAAAAAAAGAGUGUACCCUUGAUAGUCCUCAACGAUCAGUACAUUUGAGGGAUUUCAAAGAUGUCAAUACUAGUUUGGCUUAAAUCUGUUAUUAGACCUUUUAAGACUGCCAUGAAAACACCCCAAAGACCAACAGUGGACCAUUUGAUCCUGUGGGGAAUGGACUGCCCAGGCGAAUCAGGGCCUUUGUAAUAGUUAAAGAGGACAAUCUAAAGACGAUGUCUGGAAAGUCAGUCUCCUGCAGAGGAUCAUUAGGCUAGUAACCAAGAGGACAGGUCGCAGCGCUUUGAACAAAUCAGGUUGAUCAAGAAUCAAUUGUCGUAUAUCAACAUUUGUUUGCGGCCUCGGCUUGACUUCAUGUCCGUACGAAUGUCACCCAGCGCACAUUAUUACCAAAUUACUGUAUACCCUGCCUAUACGAUCACUCUGUAUAGCCUUUCCAAUAUGACGUAGAUACCUAAGAUUCCACAAAAACACCUCAACCGCCAUCACCUCCAACUGUGUUUUAGCAGCCUUUACGAUCCAUGAUCACCUCAUCAAUCAUCUCUUACAUGAGCUAUCAAACCAAAAAAGAAAUAGCAACCAAACCAAAGCAAAGACGCCAGUCAGCAGCCCCUGCUCCUUUAGAAACCCCAGGCUGACUCCAAGCCUGGUUAGAAGCAAGCCAAAGGCUUGAGAUUGAAAAAAAAAAAAAUGGACAUGAGACUUUUUCUAUUUAUUGACAAAUCGAAACCAAAGAAAACCCUUUUUCUGCACCUAACUGUUUCCAAAAAAAAAAAAAAAAACGGACUGAAGAUGGAAAAGUAUUACUACCAAAACCACAAAAAAUAUUAAAAUAAAAAAGAGCGGAUGCAGCAAUGUCAAGGAUAGAGGAUGACGCUGCGAUAGAGGAACGGGUGACAUCACAAGAGCGGAGAAAUAGCUUUGUUCUGGCUGCGGUCAAGUCAGGCCGGCCAAGUUGGGGACUGGAAAGGGUAAAACCGCACGGGAAGGAGGGAAGAAGGAAGCGGAGGACGCCGUCAUCAACGUUCUUCCCUCCAGCCCGGAAAUGUCCGAACAUUAAUGUGUCUCUCACGGUUGAAGAGCGUCUUUAACGUGUGCCUAUGCAGUUUUUCAAAGUAAAAAUGGUUCAACGAACAACAGAAACCUCAUCAGCUAAUAAACCAAAGAGUCACUGUUAACUCCGGUAGCAGUUCUCCUCCUCUUGUCACCGCCUAAAUUUGGCAAAGCGGUGUGUGCGCCAGUCACAUGAUGUGCUUUGGGUUCUCUUCCAUGUACUGUAAUACUUUCCAACAAGCCCUACUUUUGUUUCUUCCAAAAUGUUGUGGGUUUACAUUAUAUCCACUCGUCUGUUAAUCCUCGACAACUAGGUCGCUAGCAAUUAUUUGGAUUCAUUUGAUGAUGCAUCCACAAAUCCAGCAGGCUAUCAAUUUCCAUGGCAGUCAUUCAACUAAUUUGAAUAAGUACACGGUAAGAAAGCACGUAGCCAUUAGCCUUAGCCGUUAGCUCCUCCACAAGGCAAGUCUACCUCCAAGCUCCUAGGCCUCAGUGCAGGGAUGAUUUAUUGAUCCCUGCCUUUUCUGUUCAUAAUACAUUUGAGCAGGAAGCAGUCUAUUCAGACACCAUUAACGAAAAAAACCAAAACAAAACAAUAGUACACAUCAGUUGUUAACUAACUGCAAUGCUUCCGUCCGUCGUUUAUAUUUUGCUUCCAUCCAAUCCAAUAUGAAACAUUCAUGUUUCUGCUGACUGAUCCUCCGUGCUUCCUAAAGCAAGAAGACUGAUAAUAUUGCUAUGUGAGGUGUACAGUUCAUACCAAAGACUCUUUGCUGUACGAGCACGUUGACAUACUCUAAUUUGCCUGAAUUCCACUCGUAUAGAAAACCUUGGUCAAACAUUGCAAAUCAGAAUUCACUGUUGAUUGGCAUAACUAGCUCGCACAAACCAGCUCCCCGUUUUGGAGCGGGACCAUGUCGCUUGGAAGAUGCACAUUUGCUUGUUCUUUGAAGAGGAGGGGAACUCUGCUGCUGCUCCACAAUGUGCAACAACAAUAAAUGAAACCAACCAAAAUUAUACAACAUGAAACACUCGCUGAGAGAAACUGCUCAAAUAUCGGUCCAAUAGCUUUAUCCUUAAUUUUCUCUCUUUCUGUAUGUAAAGCUUCUAGUCCAAAGAGAUGCCCCCACCCGCUGCGCUGAGGCCUCCGAUACCCAAUGGAGGGGUGUUGUUUAUGGAGCCAGGGGUGGUGGCCAUUUUCCAUUCUCACUUGCAAUUAUGUCUGGUUGUAAUACAGGCAAGACACACACACACACACACACAAAAAUAAAAAAAAUUAAAAAAAUAUUUUUAAAAAAAUAUGGGUAUGAAACCAAAAAUGUCCAAAGAGGUUUUCAUUGCUUGUUUGCGCAAAGUACUUAAAAAUUAUUUGCCAAUGAUUAUGUCUAGUAUUACAUUCCUACUUGGGAUUUUUUGCAAAAUGUGUGUUUUUUUUUCAUUUCAUGUAAUUUAUGUUUUUAAUUUAAAUGAACAAAUUGUGUUGCCAAAUCUCCCACUGUAACCUUUACCCUUUUGAUGAAGAUUAGCUUUGCCAAAGUUUACAUUGUACGUUCCCUUUUCUUUCUGUUUGAUGCUGUAUUUAUUUAUAAGGUGUUUAGAACACUCUAGAUUUGUACUUGAUGAUAAUUUAAUGAUAUUUAAUUAGAUGUAAUUGUUUUCAAUGAAUAUUUAUGUAUUUAAGAAUGUUAGUUGCAUCAAAGAUGCAGUGCUUACGCUGGCCUCUUAAUUUAUUCUUAGUUAGCUUUACUUUAAAAACUAAAAUGGAAAAAAAUAAAUAAAUAAACAAAGGCAACGUUCUUUUCUGAAUGCUUAGACUUAAUGAGAGAACAAUGUAGGAAUGUUAAACUAGACUUACAUCUGAAUGUCCACUCAUGCUCUCACUGUUUUUAUUCAUGGGGAUGAUAUUUCAUUUUUGAGCAUAAAAACAAGGCUCAGAAUAUGCCAACAAAUGAUGAGCACUGCAUCUGUCUUUGUUUCUGCUAAUUUAUUGUUCAAUUUUUUUUUUUGGUCCUUUUCUUUUCAUUUGUUCGCAUUCUGCUGACCAUUGUCGGAUAAGCAACGGCUUUCGGGCUGAUGUUCUAGAUUUGAAAAAAGAUCAGGUGAAGAGCAGGACACGCAUUGAUGUAAACUGAACUACCAAAGACAACUGGAAUCCUUGAGAGAAGCAAAUAAACUGUGUGUGUUUACAUCCAUGCAGCUCAUGCCCUGGGUAAGGACUUAUUCUUACACUAGUGAUAGUAUUAAAUAGAUAUAGUUGUAUCAAUUACAACCCCUAUUUUCUGCAACAAAAUUGUUUAGCCGAACUAUGUAUUUGACAAAGAAGCCAUACUGAAAAGAAAAUGUAUAAUGUGAGCAUAAAGUCACAAGAUCAGUCGUGAGAACAAACUUUUAACUUUAAAUAUUCUUUUAUUUUUGCUUGUUUGUCUGUAUACCUGUAUGCCCUGUGACUGGCAGACGACCAAUCUUGGGUGUCUCACCCAAAUUCAGCCGGGACAGGCUCCAACUCACCACUGACUCUAAUUAGGACAAGCGCUACAGAAAAUGGAUGGAUGGUUAGAUACAGUAAUAUUCCGAUCAUAAUGCGACACAUGAAUUAAGAUGAGGACUGUUGAAGAUCAACUACUAGUGUUUUUUGUUUUGUUUUUUUAACUUGCAGUAGUAUAACAGCUCCCGACAACCCUGGUGGAUCUCAUGGUGGAGCAUGUGGUUAGCACUUUUGCCUCAAGGUUUACAUGAUUGAAGACUAAAUUGCCCAUCGGUGUGAAUUGUUGUUGGUUGAUAUGUGAUUGACUGGCGAUCAUGUACACUUUGAAUUUACUCAAUUCGAACAUGAUAUACACGUUGCACAUGAUUAAAACGUGUUAAACUCGUAUCUAUUGUAGUAUUACUUUUGAGGAGACGAGGGGAAAAUCCGUUUAGCGCAUUUUAGUCAUGAGCAACUGAUGUACACGAUCAAAUUCAGUGUACUUUUUUUCACUUCUGGCAUUACUAUAUUUCACAUAACAUUGAAAUGUUAUUUGUGCAAUUUGACAACUUUUUGGGUCUGCAUUUUCCUUUGCUUUUCUUCUCAGUGUGGCUCUAAUACUCCUUCAAAGUAUUUUGUAUUUACCUGAUUCCAUAGACUUAAACAACAACCAAAGUAAGCAAAUAAAAUGUUGCCUUAAUGUCUACAAGAAUUGUUUUUGUUAGUUCAACGCAAAAUUUAAGAAAAUGUUUCAUGAGCAUCAUGUAUUUUGUGUUCAAGUAACAAAUUACAAGACACACAUGAAAAUAUGAAGUCUAUAGUCAGUGUUUCUUUUUCUUUUUAAUUUAUGUUUUUAAACCAAGUUGCAAACAUUACUGUAUAUAAAAUGUUUAAAAAAUAGAAAUGUAAAUGUAAAUGUGGGAUGAAAAUUCUACAGGAAUCCAAAUUGUUGAUUUGUAGUUUCUAAAUAUUGGAAGAAACACAAAAUGGAAUUUGAUUCCUGUCUUCGUUGAGUUUCUGCGCAAAAUCUUUAUUUGCCAAAGAUCUUAUCCAGGUUAUUGUUAAGGGGAUGUAAUGCUACCACACACCAGUUCCGCAUUGAAAUACCUGCGGCAUUGAUCCAGUUUCUUAAGGACGUUUGUGUGAGUGUGACACACUGACUUGUUUUGUUGUCUCGAUAGAAAGGAAGAAGUCCCUUGAAGCUACAGCUGCUUCCAAGAAUGAGUUUGUGCGCAUGCGUGCGUGUGUAUGUAAAAUGAAGGAAAAGUCUACUCCAGCAGUGAGAACCAGAGAGGCUACCUCACUGAAUUUCCAUUUGUCCUUUCGAUUGUCUUGAUGAAACCAAAGAAACCAUUUUGUUUUUUCUUCUUCUUCAGUGCUGUCUCGCAUACAGUGCCACUCUUUCUUAUGUAAAGAUGCUGGGGUCUCCACCAUUUUUGGUCUUUGCAUGGUCUAUGUUCCUCAAAAGAGACCCAAUGCAAAUCAAUUAUGUGAAUGAGUCAGCCAUUUAUUGUCUGGUUUGAAAAAAAAAAAAUUGGGAUUGAUAAUAUGGACGUUUUCCUGAUGUCCAACGAGAGGCACAUUUUCUCUUUCUUGUUCAAAAGUGUAGGGAACGGGCAAAAAUAUGAAUGAUAUUUAAAAAAUAUAUAUUGUAGAUUUGGCUCUAUUAAACUUUGCAGAAAAUAAAUAAUAACGAGCUUUAA